AUGGAAGAGAAAUUAAAAACGAACGACGAAGAGAAGUUGAAUGAACCUUUGUUGGAAAAGAGUUUUUCUGAAUUGGAUGACAUUAGUAAGUAUCAAAAUACAAAAAGUAUCAAUAAAGGUCAUGAAAAAUCGACAGCAUUAACGAAGAAUGAGGUAGUGGAUGCGAUAAAUAGAUAUAAAAAAGGAGUAGAAGAGGAAGUUGAUCAAGAUAAUAAAAAUGAAUCUAGUACAUCAAAAUCAUUAACACUGAAGGAACGUAAAUUCUUAAAAUUAGAAGAAGUGUUACCGAAAGUUGAGGAAUUGAAGAAUAUAUUCAAAGAGUUCGGAGAAGUAAUGGCAUGAGAAGUG